AUGAUUGAAGUAUCAUUCACUAGUGGUCAAAAGCUGGGCUCCGUUUUGGAAAAUAUCAAUGAUACCUAUCUUUCCCAAUGUGAGGCUUUGCAUGCUAGUGAUGACUAUGCGUGGAUGAUCCGAUCUAUCUGGCAAGCCAUUUUGAACCUGACUGGAUUUGCAAAGGGCCCAUGUGUUCUCACGGGCGAUGCCAUGAAAAAAGAGGACAUGGUUGGUGCUGUACCUAAGACUCACAUUGUCUUCCAUAUCCUGAAGCAUUUUGUUUGUGUUGUCUUUGGCAACUACCAACUUGGGGCGGAACUUUCACUUGAGCGUGCCAAGGUAAAAGAAACAAUGGGUCCCAUGGGUCCAUGGGAUCACUUCCUUAGAGCUUUGUCUUUCUAUGCCGCGGUGAAGUCCUGCCGCAGCAAGAGCCAACGGCGCAAGUACAGGUGCGCAGCCAAUGCUUCCCAUAAGGUGGUCAAGACGCUCGUCAAAAAGGGUAGCGUCAAGGUGAUCCACCACUUGGAGCUAUUGAAUGCAGAGCGGGCGGCCAUUGAUGGUUGCAAAAAUGUAAACGAUCUCUACAGCACCGCUGGGCGUAGUGCCACUCGUGGUGGCUACAUCCAAGAUGCUGCUAUUGUUAGUGAACGGCAUUCUUUGUACUUCAUGGCACACAAUGAUGAUACUGGAGCCACCUUUCGGAUGAAAGAUGCUGCAGAACGCUACCAUGCCUGGGGUGCAACUGCGAAAGUCAACCAAUUGAGGGAGAAAUAUCCGCAGAUUCUAGACUUUUGA